AUGGAUGUUUGGGAUGGUGAAGAUUAUUAGCCAGUAGUAUUAUAUGGUUAUACAUUAAAUUCUCGUGUUUUAUUAAAAGAUUGUUUUAAUUAAACUCUUACGAGAAGUAUUUUGGACUAUUAUAGGAUAAAUUUUUUGGCGGGGUCGGCUCUCUGUUUGAAAUAUAUGGUUUGA